AUGACAGACUUUGGAGAUAAUUAUUUAUCUUUUACAUCACCAUGUGAAUCUAACAACAACAUUUUACCAUCGGUGAUUGCCUACUGUGAGAAUGGUUUUUAUUGCAACGCUCACUCAAUCAAUAAUACUAACAACAACAAUAAUCAUCCGAGAGGUUCUCUCUAUUCCAUCUAUGUCAAUGAUAAGAUUCAUGUUAUUCUUGAUACUGAAUUUACAAUACAAUCAAAACCUGUAAUCAUUGAGUUGAGAAGUUUUCUAUUCGAAGAUGAGGACAAUGAUGAAAGUUUUGAAGAAGAGUCAAUUGUCGUCUCGGAUUUUUCAUUUCCAACGACAAACGCAGUGAUACAUAUUCGUAGAGAUAACUCUUCAAGGAGAAAGAAUAGAAAGAACAAGGCCAAAUCUAUUAAAGGAGAGCUCACUCAAGAAGAUAUUGAAAAGAAGAAAAAGAUGAGAAGAAGCUUAACUCAAGAAGCCACCAAAAAAGUUUCAUUCAUACGUGUCGUUCGUAAAGAAGAUGGUGUUGUAUUAGCUGUUUCUCAAAAUAUGUGGUGCCGAAGUAAAACUAGAGCUGAAAUGGAAAAGAAGAAGGAGAGAAGACAAACAACCACAACUAACACUAGGACAAAAAAUCCAAGUACUAAGAGAAAGGAAAAUCCACAAGUUGAGCUUGUGCCUGUGGAUGUCGAUCAAGAAAUGUUACAAACACAUCUCUGUAAACGAUCAAAGCUCAAUGAUUUACGAAAUGUCGAUGACACCACUGCAGUUGUCACUUCCAACAACACUGUAAAUAUCAAUGGAGAGGAAAUUCCAAUGGAAAUGCUUCAAAUGUACACGCCUCAGGACUGGAUGACUUACACCAAUGGCAUCGCUGCUAGCUUGGAUUUCUUGACCAACAGUUAUUCAUAG